UAAGCGGCAGACAGGAAAAGGUUUUCCCGGCAAGUGAAACGUUGCAUUUCGCUGAGGAACCAGAGAGUAGGCGACAUGGCAUCCAAAUAUGGAGCUCGACCUGUUGGCACGGACGGGAGCGAUCACUGGCACAGAGAAAGUGUUGCCUGGCAAUAUAAAUUUAGCUCUUUAAACAAGUCCAGACUUCGGACUGACUUGACAAUUCACAUCGUACUCAGUCUGUUAAUGAUCGUCCGUGUCCUUCCUGGGUUGACCUCAUUACUGGGUGUUGGACCAAUAUCCUCACUUAGAAAAUGGAAUUUUCCUCCACCUAGACCCUGGGAGUAUGCUUGGAUUGUGUGCAUUGUGGCAGUUGUGUUGGGUUGGCGUUCAAUGGCCAAAAAUGAAAGUAAACUACUCAAGCAGUACGUGGUUGGGUCUGUUGUUUUUGGAAUUUUACCUGUGAUCUCUGGGUUCAUAGACCAAAGUGAUGAUUUGUAUGCAUAUCUUAAUGAGAAAAAGUACAGUGGACAGUUUUUUGGAUACCCUGCUGUUUUAGUCUUUUACCUAUUUCUAUUUAUUGCCAUUCAAGUUCACGCAUUUGGAGUUUACUUUUCAUAUCAACUUCUUAAGUCAUGGAAACCUAGAGAAAAAAAGGCACAAUGAUUUAGAAUGUCAGAUUUGUUCCAAUUUUUACUUACAUUUCCAUGUGUUUUGACCUUUGAGUGCAUGUGUAAAUGACAGUUCCAUAAACAUUUAGCUUGGCACCAUUUUAGAGUAUAGUUGAAUAUUUGAUUACACUUUUUGUGAUAUUGACAAAUGUUCAUUACAAACAUAAGUCUCACAGUGUUAGACUGUUAGGUACUGUGGAAUCAUUAGAUUUCGUGGUGGCUCAGUUUUCGUGGAAUCCACGAAUUUACAUCCUUCACCAAUUACUAAAUUAUGAUUAUUAAAUCAUAUUUCUAUUCUUAGGUGUGAGAUAAAACACAAAAUUACGUCUCCACGAACCUGCAAAAUUUAGACAAUCCACGAAAAUUGGCCCCCACAAAUAUAAAUGAUUCCACAGUAUCUAUGUAAGAUUUUCAAAGAGGAGGAAGAAGAGUUGUGAUAUUUCAGUGUUGUCACAAUUUUUACUAUGGAACAAUUUUCAACUGGAUAUUUUUUCAUUGACUCUCGGUGUGAACAAAGCCACAUAACUUAUUAUGGUUGUAAUGUAUCCAUCAGACUGAGUGUGUAUGAUAUACUGAAAGGUAAAAUGUAGUUAAGACUAAUAAAAUAUUAAUGGGCAUGGCUACCAAUGCUAUUGACAAAAAACAUUGAUAUAUUAGAUUUCUAUUAAUCUAGCAAUGUCUUGGUACAUUUUAAAUGAUGUAAAUACUUAAAUUUUUCAUUUCUUUCAAUUUUCAUAUAUUUGUUUGGAACUAAUUUGGUGAAUAAAAACUUUUUUUUUACUACUGUUGAUUAAAGUGUUUCUUAUUAGGAAUAACUUUAAUAAAUUUGCCUUUUCUCUGAAACCAAUGGAAAGGCAAUGUCGUCUUUAAAAUUCCUAUUUCGUUAUGGAAAUGCAUUUGAAAACAUUUCAAGCAUUAUUGUGUGCAAACAAUCACCUGGCCCCUUUGCCUGUGGCUGAAGUCGGAACUUGCAAUUUUUGAGCAAGCAAAUCAAUUUUUUUUUCUAUUUAAAUGUUUCAUCUGUGUUUGAUUAUGGUGAACGUUAAAAGGAUUUGGUAGAUAUGUAUUGUUAUGCUCAUUUUCCACUGUCCAAAGGGUUAAUUGGCAUUAGUAUUAUUGUAAUUUUUAUUUUCUAAGACUUUUUGAAGCACAAAAUGCUGAUUGUAUUUAAAGGUAUUUCUCCUUGUUAACUAAGAGAAGUAAACUGUUUGAUAUGCAAAAUGUUUCUAUUUUCUAAUCACAUGUUCCAGUCUAUUAGCAAAAAAAUUUCAUAGCGAUAUUUUGUGAGAUUUUCUUAAUUAAGGUGUCAAAUAAAUCAUUUUGAUGCAUGUUGUGCAGAGUUAUGCCCCUUUUAUUGAAGAUGUAUUAUUUUAAUGUUUUAUAUGAUAUCAGCCCACGCACAUGUGCAGCUUCAGUGGUUGUCAAUGAUUCAGGUGUUAAUUAUUUUGUUUUAUUUAACCUGUUAAUGUGUAAAUCAGUUCUCUUUUCUCUCUUACCAACUUUGAUCCUGUAUUGUGAAGUCUAAUAAAAGUUGAUAGAAUUUUU